AUGGCUGAGAUCCGCCGAAAGCUGGUCAUCGUCGGUGACGGUGCCUGUGGUAAAACUUGCUUGUUGAUCGUCUUCUCCAAGGGCACUUUCCCUGAGGUCUACGUCCCUACCGUCUUUGAGAACUAUGUCGCCGAUGUCGAGGUUGAUGGCAAGCACGUCGAAUUAGCCUUAUGGGAUACGGCUGGUCAGGAAGACUACGAUCGUCUCCGACCUCUGUCUUACCCCGACUCCCACGUUAUUCUAAUUUGCUUCGCUGUCGACUCCCCCGAUUCUUUGGACAACGUUCAGGAGAAGUGGAUUUCCGAGGUUCUUCACUUCUGCCAAGGUCUACCUAUCAUCCUCGUCGGCUGCAAGAAGGAUCUGCGUUACGACGCUAAGACGAUCGAGGAGCUACGUAAGACCAGCCAAAAGCCCGUCUCUCCUGAAGAGGGUGAGGAUAUCCGUAAGAAGAUUGGCGCCUACAAGUACCUUGAAUGCUCGGCCAAGACGAACGAGGGUGUCCGGGAGGUUUUCGAGCAUGCCACCCGCGCUGCCCUGCUGUCCCGCAAAGGACAGAAGAAGCACUCUAAGUGCUUAGUCCUUUAA